GAAGAACAACAUUCUUUCUCUUCAGUGUAAACGGAAGUAAACAAUGUCAACGACCAAAGAAACAUUAAACUUUAGCGUUUUUAAUUUGGUUAUUUAGACGUUUAUCAACACAAUAGAACUCAGAAUAUAGACCAUUUAACAGGAGAGCACCACAUUCUUACCCCAUGUAGUCUUUAAUUCGCGUUGUAGACAGGACUUUAUUGAUAGAUGUUAUCUAGGUAACGCUAGCUGCUAACAAUGGCUAACUGUAUGGUUUUUCACACUCAAAUAGCCUCCAUCAUGGAGGUGCUUGCGAAUGCAGCGGUUGCAGAUAUUUGUAAACUCGUAGACGACGACUAUGCAGUGUUUCGUUUGGAAAUUUCUCAAAGCCAGAAUGAUAACAGGGCAUUGCGGAGGAAACUACAGCUACUGGAACUGAAGAUGGCACGGGAGCGCGCAGAGAGGACAAUGCGAGAUCGCGUCCUCGCCAGUCGACCCAGUAGUGUCAAGAUCCUUGACCGAUACAGAGGAAUGGCAAGAGGUGAAGGAAAUCUCAAUGGGGGCCACAAGAGCUUUGUGAAACCAGCGGGACAUAAUACAUGGAGUGAUGACCAACCAAUCACUGUUGAUGAGGGGAGUGGAACCUCAACCCAGCAUGUUAUCGUGAUAGAGGAUGCAGAGGCUGCAGGUCCUGGGGUCAAACUGGAGAGGUCUGAAGGAGAGGAGGACCCACGGCACAGCAGUGACAUCCAGACUGGACAGGCUGGAGUGCCCCUUGAAGCCACGGAGGACCAUACCACCGCGUCAGCGCAGCCCAGGACCCGAAGCAGCAUCACGGAGGAGGAGGAGGAGGUGCUACUGGUGAAGGAGGAGGGGUGUGAGGAAGGUCUGGGGAACCCUAAGGGGACCAUGGUCAUGGAGGACAACCAGAAUACACCUCCUCCUGAACCAACAGAGGAACCAGCUGAGCAGCACAGGACCACACACAGUCUCACUGAGUCAGUAGACAUGGAGGAAGGGAAGCCUGAUCUGCUGCUAGUCAAAGAGGAGACAAUAGAAGAUGGACCAGAGAGCAUUGAUCUGCUUAGUGGACUAAAGAUGGGGGAGCAAGGUUGUUGGCUGGAGGCUAACAGAGGAGACUGGGCGGCCAUAUUGGAUUCCCAGACCCAGAUGGGUGCAGCCAAGGCCUCGGGGGACGACACCAGAGGCAACAUAUUGGAGUGUGCAGUCCAUGAGGACCUGCUGAAAUCUGGUGUUGCUGGCGGGAGAGACUGGACCUCUGAAGCAGCUGGUCACAAACCCUGGCCCCGGAUCAGAACCCUGGAUCAGGAGCCGUCACUCUUCCUUCCCGAGUCAGAACCAGAACCGAACCACGUGGGACAGAGACUCCAGCACCACGCAGAACACAACCAGUGGACAGGUGGACUGAACAACCUCAGUCCUGGUGGUCAUCAGAGAGACAGAGGCUCCAGUCAGGGAUCCAGUCCACAGCCCAGACCCUUCUCUUCACAGUCUCAGUGCAGGGAUGGAGCAGGACCUGGGCCUGAUAGAGAUAGACCCUCCUGUUCCUAUGAUACAAACACCACAGUAUCCAUGAUGAACAGAGCAGGUCACCCUGCACUUCAGCCUUCACAGAGAGUGGUGGGAGACUCUCAUGGUGGUAGUCUAUCAGGAAGUCUGUCUUCUCCUUCAGGGUCUUGUCUAAUGACUAGUGACUGGAUUCAUAGAAAGCCUGGACCUGGGUCUAGCCUUCCUCAGUUACCUCAUGGUUACCCCACCAAUAAAGACAGGGCCAGGAUGGGUGGUCACCACGAGAGGUACCUAGCCUAUAACACAGCACACAAUCCCAACAACACCCAAACAAUGGCUAGAGGUCAAGGAGGGAGCUCAAAGACUAACCACCUGACGGUGGUGGCACCUGCUUCUACCUCCUCUGGUGUCAUUGGGUCACAACGUGGGAGGCCGAGCAUUAGGACGGACGCUGAAAAGCCGUAUGCCUGCCCCACGUGUGGGAAACGCUUCGCUAAGACAAAAUAUAUCAAGCAGCACCAGACCGUUCACACCAAGGAGAGGCCCUUCAAGUGCAAACUAUGUUACAAGAGCUUCUCCUUCCAGAGUAACCUUAUCAAACAUAGGAGUGUCCACAAUGGGGAGAAAUCGUAGCACUGUGGCUUGAGAUGUACACAGGGGAGAUCUGGGAACAAUUCUUUAGCUGACAUAUUAUAGUCAUCUUGUGAAGUGUCUCAGAGAGAGGGUUUUUUGGAAUACUAAGUCCCUCAGUUGAGCAUCUGGGUACGCUCACAUUCUCACAUGAUACAGACUUGUUGUUUGGUGUGCUGGCACAGUAAAUCCAUUUUGAAUUCACUCACUUUUUGAAAGCAUCCGUUAUGAUUUAAACAAAACUUUCCAUACAUGUUUGCCCAUGGAAGAAGUUGUCAGAAUGUGACGCGUGAACUCCAAUGUUGCAGCUUGGACCCUAUUUCACAUUAUCUGAAGUUUGUGUUGUGCCCCGCCAUCAGUUGAGACACAACAUGCUCUUGAAUACAGAUUGGGUGUCAUUUCAAUCAUAGAAAUAAGACUCAUAGAACGGACCUAUUCCUUCAGACCACUGCAAUUGACAUUUUUACUUCUAAUUACUACCACAACAAUGACCUUCGGUCCACCCACAGUUUAAUGUCAAUUUAAAGGGUCAUGUCUAUUAUAUUAUCUUUAUUUCAAUAGGUUUCCUAUGGAGGAUUCGCAGUAUAAUUUGAAACAACAGAUAUUCACAUACAAGUCAACAUUCUCGGAUGUGUGGAUCUCCAACCAUCUUUGUGGUACCAUUUUAAAGUUGACAUUUUUGUAAAUUUAUCAUCCAAAACAUGACACCCACCCUGUAUUCAAGAGCAAGUUGUGUCUCAACUGAUGGCACAACACAAAAACCUUAGAUUAUGUCAAGUAGGCUAAGAUACAACGUGUGAAUAUGAAAAAAAUCUCAUUACAGAUUUAGAUAAUUGACUUAAAAGUUUUUUUAAAUACUUAAUUAAAAACAAAUAUAUAAAAUAAAUCUCCAGAAAUCAUAAAAUAGUUUGACAACCCUGUUUUGUAAGCUUUUAAAUAUAAAUCUCAACCGUUUAUCUUUUCCAGUGAUGAGGACAUGGAUGUCUCAUGGUAUGGUGGGGUAUGCAAAAUGGGUCAUCUUUGAGCACCUUUAUCUCCUGAAUGUUUUGGUAUUCAGGUCCAAAAAGUUACUUUUCGAGCACUUAUACCAUGGGUUUUGUUCAAAUCAAAAGGGGUGCCAUCAAAAAGUGGUUGAAUUCAAAUGGAUUUACCCAUAGCCAAAAACACUAAAUUAAAGUGAUUAAAGUGUAACACUAUAUUUCCCCUCUGAAUUUGGUUUUGGCUAUGUUCUAUUCAUAACAAAUAUAAUGUCCCUCUUGUUAUAACACCCCCUCCCCCCAACAUUAUUUGGCAAUCAGGUGAUUGAUACCUGUUCCUUUAUGUAGAAAAAAAAAUGAUCAAAUCUGUUAAUAAAUGAGAAAUCAUUUUG